CAUCGUCAAGUUGCAUCUUCGCGCAUUCACCAUCUCAAAAUAGAGGGGAUUUCUGAACUUGACAUACAGACUUUUGGACUCGCUUUUUUCCAGUCACCUUAUCGGAUUUGAACGAUCAUAUAGACAAAAGAUGGCUCCGCUCAAGAUAAUCGGCGCAGGCUUUGGCCGAACAGGCACACUGAGUCUUUGCUAUGCCUUGGAUAUGCUUGGAUAUAACUGUCAUCACAUGGAAAAAUUAAUUCUCGACCCGUCGCAAGACCCUGAGGCUUUUGAAGCUGCCUAUCACACCCGAACUGCAGACUGGGAUAAGAUCUUUGCCAACUAUGACGCAGCAGUGGACUGGCCAUCUGCUGAGUUUUGGCCUGAGCUAUUGAAGCAGUACCCGGAUGCCAAGGUGAUUCUUACCGUGCGUGAUCCAAACGAUUGGUACGCUUCUGUCGGCAAAACGAUCAAAGAAUGGCCGAUGGACUCUACCAUCCGAUGGCCAGAGCGUAUGCUAAAGACCAGAGCCAUGGCACGUGUCAUUGUCAAGGAGGGAGCUCUAAAGGACUACACAGAUAAGAAUUUGAUGAUUUCCAAGUUUAAGGAAAAUAUUGAGCGCGCCAAGGCGACGGUUCCAGAUAAUCAGCUUCUGAUUUUCCGACCAAGUGAGGGCUGGGGUCCUCUUUGCAGGUUCUUGGGCAUUCCUGAGCCAGAGGCUGAGUUCCCCAGGUGCAAUCGCCGCGAAGAUUUUGUAGACAGAUUGCGCUGGGUGAGAGAGUCCCUGGAGAAUGGCAAGUUUCUUUCAGCCAUGCCAUACAGAGGGGACAUUAUCAAUGUGAGUUCAAACUAAUGAAGUCGGUUACAAUCGAACGCGGAGUAUGGUGUUUCAAGUGUGUAUCUGGAUGACGCUCUGGGAGGAUUCAACAUCCGCACUGUUUACAUAUAUGGCAAUUCCAAUAUAGCAUAUAAAUCCAUAACAGUCUUAACGCAAAUUAAUUAAGCAUGAGCUGAAUUAUGCUCACUCUAACUGCCG